AUGGCCACAGGCCGGAGCACCCCCACCAGCCCCCCAAGCCCAAGAGGUGCCCAGCGAUCUCACUAUCACGAGAGCUUUGUGGAGAAGAAAGGACCCCAGGAUCAGGAUUACAAGAAGUUCUGGGCAGGCCUCCAUGGUCUCACAAUCUAUUUCUACAAUAGCAAUCGAGAUACCCAGCACGUACAGAAGUUAGAUCUAGGAACAUUUGUGAAGCUUCGAGAUGAGCCCACUCCAACGUUCCGAGACAUUAGCAUCUAUUUCAGCAUUGUUCUCCGGUACCAGGAGGUCAAGUUCAAGGUGGAGAACCUGGAGUCUCGCGAGAUGUGGAAAGGCUUCAUCCUGACUGUAGUGGAGCUUCAGGUCCCCUCAAACCUCACCCUACUACCCGGGCAUUUCUACAUGAUGGCCGAGGCGUUGGCCAAAGAAGAAGAGCGACGUUCACAGGAGAUGCCCAGGUGUUACCUGAACGUGACCCGGCUGCAGGCACAAAUGCUCCUGGACCACUUUCCUGAGUGUGGAAACCUGCUUCUACGCCCCCGUCAGGAUGGCACAGGUGGCCUGUCAGUCACCACGCGGCAGAUACUCAACGGAACCCCUAAGAUCCUGCACUACAAGGUGAACCUGCGAGGUUCUAAGUAUGAGAUCGACGUGGAGGAGCCCUUCUUCUGCUCCUCCCUGGAAGAAGUGGUCAACUAUUUCGUGAAGACCACCAACAAGGCGCUCUUGCCCUUCCUGCCGGACGAGGACUACGAGAAGGUGCUAGGCUACCCAACAGCGGAUAAGGAGAACGGCGAGAGUGAAUGGGUUGUGCCCUCGGCCACCAGAGCCCCGAACCCAGGGCCUUCACCCAGUGUCCCUAAGGUUAUCCCACAACCCCGGCUCCCCAUAAGCAACCCGGACCAGUCAUUCUCACCACCUGUUCUGCCACGGAUACCACAAGCAGAGGAGGCCUACGUGAUCCCCAUUGCCGAUGGCGAUGAUGACAGAUACGUGAAUGGGGAUGCCUCUCCCCCGAGUCGGCCAGUCGUCCCGGAGUCCAAGACGCCCAGAGUUCCUAAACCACUCGCAAUGCCCAAGCCAGAUCGCAGAAUUCUUAAUGCCAAGACGAAGCCUCCCUGUCUUGUAGUGGAUAUGAGUACGGAGCUGGAAUUGAUACUGCAGAAAAGGCGAGAACACUUGGCUAAAAAUUCUUGA